CAUAGUAAGAUAAAGUUAAAGCUCAGUUACAAAAGUUACAAAAAAUCUGUGUUAAUGGUGUCAUACAGUAUCAAAUUCUAACUCAUUUGCAUAAUUUGAUCAAAACCUUAGUUAGUUAACUGCAGUUAACUCAAAGACACGAAGGCUUGGACAAUUCGUUAAUUAUAACAUGUCACACGUUAAAUUUUACCAGUCUGUUUUCGCAACUUUAUUAUUUUUUUGCAGCUUCUAUGUAUCAAUUACUGUAAAUACAAAUUCUCUCCAAAACAAAGUUACUGUAUUUGCACAACGAUAUUUUAACGGAGCCAACCUUACCGUGGAUAUUUCCAAUUGCGCCAACUCUUCCUCCCUCCACUACACCGUAAAAAACGACAUUUCCUCCAUAAAUUCGCACGGAAAUUGCGUCAAUUUAUAUAAAUCGGACAACUGCGAAGGCGAAUAUGUCCUCAUCGCCCCAGGAACGCCGGUCCACUACGACCUCUCCCACUGGAACGGGCUUAACGAUAAUAUCAACUCGUUAGGACCCUGUUAUCCACGGUGUGACCCGAGAUCGUUUGAGAACAAGGUGAAGGGACAGAAUAACGGGACGCAGUAUCUGAUAACUCUGUACGAUGACUUACAACGAAGAGGAUCCCACGUCACCAUGAACCUCACCGCGAACUCUUGUACCCUCGUCCCUUUACACCUCAAACGUCGCAUUUCUUCUCUCCAAGUUCAUGGAAAUUUCUGCAUUGAGCUUCACCAUACUUGGAACUGUGUCGAAAAUGGGACAUUCGCCCAGUUACGGCCCGGUUCGCCGAAAUAUGACGACCUACGAUUUUGGGUGGGGCACGAUAAUCAAGCCGUUUCUAUAAGUUUGUGUGGCUACGAUUGUCAUAAUGAGACCAAAGUGGAAUCUUCUAACGGGACGCAAAAUAAUAUUACGAACAACAGUACAGUCACCAUAUUCGAUGAGGAUGACGCCCUAUUUAACGGGCAUUUCAAAAAUCUGAAUCUUUCCCAAAACGCCUGUCUAAAUCUCAACGAUGAAUGGGACGGACAAACGUCUUCCAUUAAGACGAAUUUGAAUUGCAUCCAGCUCUUUGACGAGUUCAACUGCAGUACGACCCCUCGCGGAAGAAAUUUCACAAUUUAUGCGAAUUUCACCAGAAAAAUCGCAUUUCUAAAAACCUGGAGUUUUGACCGUAUAGCCCAGUCGAUCAUGUUAUGUAACGUGACCACCUUAAGUCAACAAAAUACUGGGAAAUCAGGGAGAUUAGGGAGUGGUGAAGCUAGCAGUGGAACAACUAUCUUUUUCAUCGUGCUAUUCUGUUUUGUGGGAGUGUCCGUGUUUUCGGUGGGGGCAGCUUGGUCGGUAACAAGAUUAAGGUCAGGGGUGUUAUUUCGGAGGAGAAGCUUUAGCAGUGUCAAUUCGCAUUCGCUCAUGUUUUAAAGCAAUAAAUAUUCACACGGAUUUAAUUUUUUAAUGUACUUGAAAUUAGCGAAUCUUAGAAAUUGCGAAUUUAGCCCAUGAUUUGAAAUGAUUUCUUUGUAUUUACCUUCAACAAAUUGUAGUGUGGUUAACUGUUGACUGUUUUGAUUUAGCUACAUGCAUUACAUUACGUGUUCGUAUUUAUGCAGAUCUAAUAUAAAUAAAUGAUUGAACACUUGAAAUUAAUAGAAUAUUUUGCACCAAA